UGUCUUCUGCUGUUUUCAAAUGAAGUAAACAUGCCUGUGAGACCAGACUUCCAACAGUUGGAAAAGUGUAUUGAUGAUGCCUUGAGAAAAAAUGACUUCAACCCUUUGAUGAUACUUUUACAAAUUGAUAUUUAUGAAGAUGUGAAGAUUAAAUGCAGCAAGCAAUUCCUCCACAAGUUGGAUGACUUAAUAUGCAGGGAACUUAACAAAAGGGAUAUCCAAACCAUUUCAGACAUCUUGACAUGUGUUGGAAGAUGCAGCAAGAAUAUCUUUAUAUUGGGACAAGCUGGACUUCUGGCCAUGAUAAAACAAGGAUUAGUUCAAAAGAUGGUUUCCUGGUUUGAAAAGUCCAAGGAGAUUAUUGUGAGCCAAGGACAAUCAAAAGAUGAAGCUGUUAUGAACAUGAUAGAAGACUUAUUUGAUCUUUUGAUGGUUGUGUAUGACAUCAAUGAUGAAGGUAAAAAGCAAGUAUUGGAAAGUUUCAUACCUCGCAUCUGUGCCCUGGUUAUUGAUCCAAGAGUGAAUAUUUGCAUUCAGCAGGAGGCUUUAAAAAAAAUGAAUUUGAUGCUUGACAGAAUACCUCAAGAUUCCAACAAAAUACUUUCUAAUCAAGAAACAUUAACUCUCAUGAGUAAUAUGGGAGAAAGGAUUAUAGAUGUAGGAGAUUAUGAGUUACAGGUAGGCAUUGUGGAAGCUUUGUGUAGAAUGACUACAGAAAAACGGAGACGAGAACUGGCGUGUCAGUGGUUUUCAAUGGAUUUUAUUGCUAAUGCAUUUAAAGCAAUUAAAGACUGUGAAUUCGAAACAGAUUGCAGGGUAUUUCUCAACUUGGUAAAUGGUGUGCUUGGAGAUAAGAGAAGGGUAUAUACGUUUCCUUGCUUGUCAGCAUUUCUUGAUAAAUAUGAGCUGCAGAUUCCAUCAGAUGAAAAACUAGAGGAAUUUUGGAUCGAUUUUAAUCUUGGAAGCCAGACUCUGUCGUUCUACAUUGCUGGAGAUGAUGAUGAUCAUCAAUGGGAGGCAGUCACUGUGCCUGAAGAAAAAGUUCAGAUGUACAGCAUCGAAGUGAGAGAAUCAAAGAAGCUAUUGACUAUAACUCUGAAAAAUAUAGUAAAAAUUAGUAAAAAAGAAGGAAAACAGUUACUUUUGUAUUUUGAUGCAUCAUUAGAAAUUACCUGUGUGGCUAAAAAAAUUUUUGGUGGAAACAAGUACAAGGACUUUACCAGAAAACAAGGUAUUUCAGUUGCCAAAACAUCUAUUCAUAUACUUUUUGAUGCAAGCGGAUCACAGAUUCUAGUGCCAGAAAGUCAACCAUCUCUAGUCAAAGAAGACCUUGUUCAUCUAAAAGAGAAAUCUAACCUUCAAAGGAAACGGGCAAAUCCUCCAAAACAAGACAACAGUAGCAACCAGGAAGAUCUAGCAAGCAGCCAGGAUGAGAUAACUACACCUAGCAGAAAGAAAAUGUCUGAAGCAUCAAUGAUUGUUCCAGAUACAGACAGAUACACUGUGCGGAGUCCAAUACUCUUAGUCAACACAUCAACGCCCAGAAGAAGAAGUAGGGCACCACUGCAAGCAAUAAAUUCUGCCCAAAGAGCUGAUGUUUCUAAAACAUCAGAAAGUGGAAUGGAUUAUGCUGUAUCAUUCAAAUCUAGACAAUCUGAUGGAAGAAAUAUAUGGAAUAAUAGAGACAAAAACAAAACAACUAAAGUUGUAGAAAACAAAGAAAAUGAGAAUAAUGAAUUCCCAGACCAAAAUUCCAAUGAGACUGAGGACAUUUUUUCUGAUGUAUGUGCAAUGGGAAAAGUAGAUGAGCCUGCAUUAUCUGGUGUUAUAGACAUCUCUAAAAAUAAAGCACACUCCAAAUGGGCAUGUUGGACACCUGUAACAACUAUCAAACUCUGCAAUAACCAGAGAGACCGCACUUUACCAGGACACACUUUUACCGAAGAUACUGGUGUCAACAAAAAAUGCAUUAAGCAAAAAUCAGUAACUGAUAAUGAUUCUAAAGAAACACAAAGGGCAAAAUACAGGAAAGAUGUAGUUAAGUAUAACAAGUCAGAUGAAGAAAUUUCUGAAAGAAGCAAGCAAGAACAAAAUCAUCCUAAAUAUUCACUAAAGAAAAAUACUGAAAACGCUAAACAGAGUGAUUGGCAUAUUGAAUCUGAAACUACUUAUAAAUCAGUACUCCUAAAUAAGACAACUGAAGAAUCACUCAUCUAUAAGAAGACAUGUGUACUGUCAAAAGAUGUGAAUACUACUGUCUGUGAUAAAAGCCCUUCUAGAAAAUGCAUAAGGAGUCAUACAAAAUCAAGGAAAGAAAUGACUUCUGAACUGAAUUCAUGUGCACUAAAAGAAAUACCAGUGAAAGAAAAGUCAAAAGGGAAAGAAUUUACUGGUGCAGCAGAAUCCUUGAUAAGCCAAAUUAAUAAGAAAUACAACACAAGUAAUAGCAUGAAGUCUACAAGAAAAUUAAAGGAGUCUCUGAAUGGCAGUGGAUUUUCAAAGAAAUCUGACCUACAGUUCAGUAAGGUUCAGAGAAAAAGUUACAGAAAACUCAAGACGACUUUUGUUAAUGUUACUUCUGAAUGUCCACUGAAUGAUGUAUAUAACUUCAGCUUGAAUGGCACUGAUGAACCUAUUAUAAAACUUGGAAUCCAAGAAUUUCAAGCUACAACUAGAGAAGCCAGUAUGGAUAAUUCAAUAAAAUUGCUAGGUGUAAGGAAUCAUGAUGAGCAUGACCCUUCUUUCAAAACAAAAAAUAAAAGAAUGUCAACAAGUCAUGAGAAAACUCUCUUUAGUGACACCGAAACAGAAUGUGGAUAUGAUGACAGCAAGACUGACAUUAGCUGGCUAAAAAAACCAAAAUCAAAAAGACUAAUGGAUUAUAGUAGAAAUAAAAACAUGAAACAAUACAAAAGUGGAAAAACAAGGUCAUCCAUAGAAAAGGGGCAGCAAAGAUCCAUAAUGGCACCCAAUAAAAACAUUACAAAAAACAAUGAUGAAAUAGUUGCAGAUGUGAGAACCAGACUUCCACGAACAGCAACAAAAACAAAAAAAAAUUACAAGGAUCUCUCAACUUCAGAAUCAGAAUCGGAGAGUGAAAAAGAAGUUUCAUAUUUAUUUAAAGAUAAACUUCCAACAAAGGAGGAGAAUGUCCAUUCCAGAGCCCAAACAAAGAAGCUUCCAAAGAAACAACAUAAAGUCUUCACUACAGAAACACCAAAAGGACAGCCACCAGAAAAACAGGACAUUUCAUCUGAGCUAAGAGAUGGGAGAGAAGACAGUCUUUCCCUGUCCUCUGCAUCUGUGUCUGGAAGCCCGUCAUCUGUGGAAGUGAUGAGAUGUAUGGAGAAAAUAACAGAAAGGGAUUUCACUCAAGAUUAUGACUACAUCACAAAAUCUCUUUCACCUUAUCCAAAAACUGCAUCACCUGAAUCCUUAAGAGGUAACAAUAAAGUUGGAGGUCAGGAAAAAUCUCCCAGAAUCAGUGAGAUCAGUAUACCUUUUGUGAGAAAGAGUUGCUCACCUGUUCCAGGACUGCCUUCUUUGCCCAGAAACACUCCGACCAAGAAUAAUUCUGUCAUGAAUAGAAAAAAUACAAAUUCAGUGAUUGAUAAUCAGAGACCCCUACAUUAUAACAGCUAUUCAGAUGUAAGCUGUAAUAUCUCAGAGAAACAUUUUAUGGAAACUGAAUCUCCAGAUAGUCAUGAAAAUCAUAUGCAAAGCAAGAGAGAGGCAAGUCACGCAGCAUCUCCAUUGUCAUUGUCUAGUGAAGUAAUAGAGAAAAUAUGGCUUGACAUGCCCAGUGACAAUACUCAUGUAUCAGGGCCCAGUCAACGUAGCCGCAAACGGCAGAUGUACCUAGAAGAAGAUGAGCUAAGAAAUUCCAAUGAAACAGAAGUGGAAGAGGCAGAAGAAAGACAACAAUUGCUUCCCAAAAGACUGUGUCAGAUGGAAGAUUCAGAUCAUCACACCUACAAAACUUCAUUAUCAACACCAGAUUUUUCUAUUCCUGAGGACUGGCGACAGGAGUUACCAGGUGUUGGAAUGUUUUUUGAUAACAUCAGCUCAGACUAUAAGAGGAAAACUAACACACAACAUAAAAUCAUGGAUGACUUUACUACAAAGACAUUAAAAUUGACUCAACAACAUCUAAUGGAAAUGACCCACCAAGCUCGGGGACGCAGGGAUGAAAAUGUUGACAAAUUCCAAGUCACUCUCCGAGACGAGCUGGAAAAAGCUGAGAGAGACUCACAGAUGUUGCGAGAUUUGGAGAAGGAGCUUGUGGACGUCGGGGAAAAAUUAGUUCAGAAGAUGAGGGCAUACCACCGAAGUGAGCAGGAGAGGCUUCGUGUUUUGAAAACAUCACUGGAUAAAAGUUUUGUUGUCUAUAACUCUGUGUAUGAAGAGACUAUUUUUACAUCUGAGAUGUGUUUGAUGAAAGCAAACAUGAAAAUGCUGCAAGAGAAGCUACUUAAGGAAAUGCAUGAAGAGGAACUUCUUAACGUACGAAGAGGGCUGUCAUCAUUAUUCAAGGUUCAUGAAGGAAAUGACAUGUGAAAUCUGGCUGAUGUCAACACAUUUUAUCUGAUUAUUAGUUUUUGUGUAUAACUAAAAAGAAAAGCAAAGUAGCCUUGCAAAAAUGUGUCAUCAAGCAGCUGCAUGUUUAUGUGAAGGGACCUCCAGACUCAAAUGUUUUUUUAGAGAUGAAAAAAAUAUGACUCUAAUGCAGCAUGUGUGCACUAUGAAAAAACAGUAAAAGGACUGACUUAUUUUGGAUCAUAUUUAUAUUAAAGUGUAUUUUUAAAUACAAUUUUGGGGUAGAUAUGCUGAAAUUUGCAUAAUAGAUUAGAAUAUACAAGUAGUAAAAUAUUAGCCAUCCUUUGAAAAGGGAAGAUACUCUGCUUUAAAAUGUGUGCUUGUUAGUAUUUUCAUUGAGGUAUUUCUUAUUCUAGUGUACCAAAAACAUACUAAAGACCUGAAAUUGUAGCUACUUCAUAAAUAUUUUAACUCCAAAGCAGGCCGCUUUGAUAAUGCUUUCUAAGUUCCUGAUAUUCAUAUAAUAUUCUGUUAGAUUAUUUUUGAAAUAAAUGCGUACUUCACUUGA